GGUCCUACUGAAAGCUAAAGCCAGGGAAGAAAACUCUUCAUAGCCUCAAAUGUGAAAUCUCCAGGGAGGGCUGAAACUAGUUUAUGAAAUGAAGAUCAUCUCAGGAUUUUGCUAAAAGAGAAGCAAACAGUGUAUGGAGAUGCUGGUGGACACUCCCUAAGGACUGUUUUAGUACAUACUGAGGCCUGGACUAUCGAGCUUGAACAAUGCUGCUCCUGGGAUGUAUGCUCGCCCUACUGCUUCCACCACUAACAGAAUCUGUAACCAUCACAUUACCGUCUACAGACAACAUAACCAUCCAUAUAAAACGUGGUAUAAAUGCCCCCUCACCACCUUGUUAUAUCUGCACUCCAACCUGCAAAGAGUCAAGUCUUGAGAUAUCAAGAGGCAAACGAGUGGAUUACUCCUUCAGCUGCAAGACGCCAGAGAUGUACUUCAUCAUGGAAAUCAUUAGGACUAUCAAUUGCAGCACUGGUGGGUGUCCGUUAAAUAUUACUCUACAGCCUUCAGACUUGGGUGGCUUAAAUCGGACCUUCAUUUGGAACAUCGUGACCUCCAAGAACAGUGGUCUUGUACUUGGCUUCUCCACUCCAUGGCUGAGACAGAUACAUCCUUCAAGCCUGUGUUCAGACCUUGUUAGCUUCAAUAUCGGCACUUAUGUUCGUGACUCGUCCUAUAACAUUGGAACUUUCUGCAGGAAUGGUACUAUUACACGUAUUAAAGUUCAAGAAAGAGGAGUUAUUGCUUUAAGUCUGCCAUGGAAUGCUAAUAUCAAAGGUCUUGGAAUUAGCAUCACAAACAGAUCUUCCAUUAGAAGACUGAGUAUUGUUGAAUCCAUUUUCCAACAACAAUCACUUGUAAAUCUUCUGUCGGCGAACUACCCUGGCCCGUUUCCUCCUAAUGAGCAAAUGACCUGGAAAUUCAUCUUCCCUGAAAACUAUGCAGCCAGUGUUCAGUUUCUCAAUUAUACUCUCCCCACGUGCGUGAAAAAGGAGGAGAAUGUACUUUACUAUCUGCCGAAAUCGACGCUGCUAAAGCUGGCAGACAAGCAGCCCGCCAAUAUACUUAGUAGCUUCAAUUUAUCCCUGCAAAACUGUGAGGUAGAUAAACCGACGAGUGGUUACCCGGGCCUAAGCCUGAACUUCAGCAUCACCGUCCAGAAAAGUGAACAAAAUACAAUCUACCCUCUGGAUCUGCUGAAUGAAAAAGGCCUGGUUGUGCGCAUACGCAAGAGAUUGUUUGGACGCCAGUUUACUCCUGUCUGUGUCAUCUGUAAGGGAUCUACAGACUGCAAUUCUGAUCUUGUGCUUGAGGGAGGGAAGUACUACAGAAUCUCAUUUCUUUGUGACAAUCUGAACAGUCUGGUUGUAACAGCAGAAAAAGAAAUAGAAUGCUGGAAUCUCACCGCCUGUAACAUCCGCAAUAUGUCCCUUACCAUCCCUCAGUCCUUUAUUGGCUUUCCGUUACAGCUGGAGAGUUACACCUGGAAGUUGAUCGCUCCGGAAUACAUCAGUACUGAAAUAGUUUCAAAGUCCACAUACCUACAACAGCAUGUUUCAGAUAAACCAUGCAAUGCGACAACUGUGGGGUUUACCUACGAUAUCUUGAGUUCCACUAACAAAAGCCAAUUUAAACUUGGGACUUUUUGCCCUAAUGGAUCGAUUGAAAAGAUUCAGAUGAGAGACAAUGUUACUAUUAUCCUAAAUUUACCAAGGAAUGGAGAUCUCAACAAGCUUCCGACCCAUGACCUCCAAGUGUCUUUUGUAUCAUUCAUUGAAGAGGAGUGCAUAUUCACUGUGUCUCCAAAAACUGAAGAUACCAUCUAUCUACAAACGCCACAAUGGGACAACGGGCUUCCAGAUUACGUGUCUGUUUCAUGGAGUAUAAAUUUACCUAAAAAGAGAUCUGGAAGGUUGAAAUUCGGUCAAGACAAGAUGGACAUAUCAUGUGAAAUGGGCCGUGCGUAUGUCAAUAUAAGGGAACAGCAAGAUGAUGGGCCAGGCAUAGUACGAAGAGAGGAUCAACAACUACCUAGUGUAUUGGAUAUGUACUCUGCAUUCUGGGUUAACAUUUCCAACUGCAAACCAUGGACGGGGACAAGGAAGCUUAAACUGCAGGUGUCUAUUACCUUCAAUCAAAUAUCCCCAGUUUUAACAAUUAUACUAAUUGCAGCAUCUGCAGCGCUUGGUGUUGUUCUGGCGAUAAUAGCCACGGUUUGCUGCAUCAAAAAAAAGAAAAAGCAGAUCGAAACUCCUGUGGGUAUAUACAACUCCAAGGUGAAUACAGAGGCACCUCGACGCCAAGCAUUUUUCAAGAAGGGAAGAAAGGCUAACGAGUCCCAUAUCUACGCAGUCAUUGAUGAUACCAUGGUCUAUGGCCACCUCUUACCAGAAACCGAGGGAACGCAUCCAGAGGUUGAUGUGUACCAACCUUUUGAGGGUCCCAUGGGUGAUGCUCCACCUGUUCCCCCAAUCACUUUCCCUAAUGGAAACGCCAAAGAAGAUGUAAAGGAUGGAAGUGACGAUAUCAUGGAUGAACCUCUUGCUCUUUCAAUGAAAGAUAAUGAGAUUUACAUAUUCUCUCAAUCAAUUUCAAGGCACCCAGUGGAAAACGAAGAUACUAGUAUACCUUACAUGGACGAUUCGAGAAGUGGAACUACAUCUGUGUGAUGUGUCCAAGAAAGACAGAUGUUAUUUAUUUUAUAUCUUAUGAGACAAAUGCAGAUGAGACAUGUAUAAUGUCCAGCGAGAUGUCGAGCACCCUGAAAUGACUCCUAUCUGUAGCACAGUGCUACAGUCUUCACAGAGCAACAGCUAAGUAAUGUAAAUAACUUCAGCAGCUACAAGACACUGCUUAAAGUGGAUGAAAUCCAUAAGGAGCACAACAUUGUACAUUUUUGUUUUUAAUUUAUAGAAAUGUGUGAAAUAUGUAUCUGCUUGAGUACUAUACUUUGUAAACCGUUUUUUCAUGAAAUUUAAGGGUACAAGGUUAGAAAAAAGAUUUUACUUUCUUCCAAAAACAGUACCCCACCAGUCCAAUAAAGGUGAGCUGCAAUACCAGAAACAACCAUUGAAGGAGGGUGGCACUGUUUUUGAAAGUAAGUAGUUAGGUUCUUCUAAUUAUAUACAACCCCUUAAGUACUUUAAUAUACUUGAGUUCCAUAUUCAACUAGCUCCCUCAGCCUUCAAUAAAAGAUGAACCUUAAAGGGAACAUGUCUCCUAUAAUUUAUUUUUCUGCCAGUUAAAACCAGAUGGUGACGCACAUACUUUUUUAAAAUCUGUUCUUAUUUUAUGAUUGUAUAUUUUUUAUUCUAUUUCCUGAUUA